AUGUUCGGUUUAUUAGCGAUUGCCUGCUUGAUUAGCGUAGUAGCUGGAGCACCGUCUGGCUUUGGUGGGCUACAACUUGCUGCGGUCUCUUCUCAUGACACCGUCACUAUAGUCGCAGCUCCCAUUGUGGCUAAACACAUCGUAGCACCUAUUGCAGAACCUAUUGUUGUAGCUCCUAUAGCUAAAAGUAUCAGCGUCGGUGGGCUUGGGUUAGCAAAGCCUGGACUCGACGUCGGCUACGACGCUAUUGGCUAUGGGCAUCUUGGCAAUGCGCAUCUUGGCAACGCGCAUUUUGACUACGCGCACCUUGACAACGCGCUUCUUAGCAAAGCGUAUCUAGGACACGCGCAUCAUAACUAUGCUGACUUAGGCCACGCGCAUCUCGGCUUAGCUGAACUAGGCUACGCCGGUCUCGAUCAUGGGCUUGAUCUUGGUUACGGAAUCGGUGGCCUAGGAGGGUGGAAGCACUAA